GGUAGUUGCGUGAGGCCCCCGCAGGCGGGGCGCUCGCUACCGGUCGUGUCUCCGCAAUCCUUGGGCAGUCUGCCGCUUCUGAGCCUGCACCUAUUUUCCCAAGCUGUUCAAUAUGGCUAGGGAUCUUAGGGCAUGGCUCUGCCACGCUGUCAGCCGGACUUGGCCCUAUCGGUGCCAGGUCUUGUGAGUGUUGUGCUGGCUAAUUAGCCAGCAUAGUGAGGCAAACGAUAUAGCAGCAUUAUAUAUUGCGUGGUGACACGGGCGACAUGGGCUGUCCCGAUACGUAAAACUAUGAAACCGACUGUAGAAGGGGUGCCACAAGAGAAGAACGAAGGACACUACGCGCAUGACCUCAACCGCGGCAUCGCCACGCUCGCGGCCCCGCACAUCGCCCAAGGCCACACCCGCGAAACCCUCUACACUGGUUUCGUUGCCAAGGCCAUCCCAGACCUGGAUAUCAAAUCCAGCACCCGAACCAUGAACCUGCAAUCAGGCCGGCACCGCAAGGCCAAACGCUGCAUGGACUAUCUGUACGGGCAGCUGUGGAACAAUAAACUCGCAGCCCGCUUCGGCCGCACAGUCACAGGCCGCCGAGCCCCCCGCGCUGGCCCCGAUACUCCCGCCCCAUGCCCACUCUGUCGCGGACCCGACUCCGGUGGCCAUAUACUGGGAGGCUGCCACAACCCCCAACUCCGUGCAAUGUACAUUAAACGACACAACAUUGCAGUCCAGACCAUCGCACGAGCCAUCUCCCGUGGUGACUGCGGUGGCUGCUACAUGGUAAUGGACGCCACGUCUAAAGCCGAUCUGCCAGACUACGCGGCUGACAACCGCCUGCCGCCGUGGCUGCUCCCCGACCAGGAGGGCAAACCAGCAGGACGCCACCUACACUACCGCCCCGACAUCCUACUAAUCCCUUCCAUCUCCCUCGCCGCAGCCCUAAACCCAGACUUUGUCGUGCUUCCCAGCGAACGCGACACCAUCCACAUCAUCGAAGCAGGAUACACCGCCGACACGAACCACGCCGCCAAGCAACACGAAAAAGCACAACAGCAGCAGGCCCUUGCAGCCGACCUGCGGGAAGCGGGAUGGAAAGUGCAAUACACCCCGCAGAGCGCAAUCAGCCUCGGAUUUGCAGGCACAAUCCGCAAGGACCUCCAUCCCCUCCUCACCUCACUUCCCACAAAGCCAGGCAGUGCUGCGACACCCUACACGACCACGCAGUCGCCACCCUCAACCACGUUGUCUUGACCAGACGGCGUCUCGAACGGGGACUGCCACCUGGCGACCCGGGCGGGACGUAACAUCCUGGCGGGGUGCAGGCCUGGCCUGCACGCCCGCCUUCACAUGCUCGGUAGUGGGGGCGUACAGGAGGCGGGCCUGGCCCACCUCCUCAUCUCCCCCCACUCCCUUAAUUCACACCACUUGCCUACGGCAGGGUGUCUCUAUUUCUAUUUCUAUUUCUAUAGAUGGGCAGCCGUGCUUUGUUCAGGGGCGGGCGGUACCCUUCUCUAUGUGUUUCAUGGGCGGGCAGGUUUGGGAUGAACAGAAUGUCAGGUCUGAGCCUUGUAAUAAGGGGUGAUGAUGUCCUCUCCGCAGCCAGCCAGGCGGGGGGGCGUUGUGCGGACGCAUAGUGUGGCAGGUCGGCUAGGGGGCCCGCGUCCAUGACCAUGAACCCGUUCCCGUAGGUCCCUUUGGAGAUGCAUUUGGCGACACGCUGGACUGCCCAGUUGUGCCGAUUGAUGUACGCGCCUUUCAUUUUAGGGUGUGUGCAGCCUCCGAGGAUGUGCCCUCCGGAGUCAGGGGUGUGGCAGAGGGGGCAGUUGCCGUUCCCUCCCAGGCGGUAGCGCCGUUUAAGCUGUGCGUUGAAGAGGUAGCCGUAGCGGGCGUAGAGUAUUUGCUUGACCAGCCAGGGGUGCCUGGUGGAGCUGGCGAGGGUGCGGUUGCUGAGGGUGGGGCACAUGUUGGCAGGGCUUCCGCCCAUUGCUCCAGCACUGGUGUAUUAUUGGUAAAGCCUUGUUGUGCUUCGGGGGGCAAUGAGUUCAGGACUCCACGGUUUAGGUCACUUAGGUAGAAAUUGUCAGAGUUGCGUUUGGGCCACCAGAUGUUGGACCACGGUUCGUCUGGUGCUAAGCGUAUGGCCUGCCCCAUGGCCUCCAUGUCGUUGGCGGCGACUUUGGCUGCACCUUUGUCAGCUUCCUCGUUGCCGUGGAGCCCUGUGUGAGAGCGGACUUUCAGCAGCUGGACUGGGACCCCGGCGUCGGCAUACAUUUGUAGCUCGUGGAGAAUGUUUUCCAGCAGGUUUUUAUGCUUGGAUAGUAGGAGUCGUUGUGGUGCAGUAAGGGCUCGGCGGAUCAAGUAGAGAGACACUAGGGAAUCACUGGCUAUGGUUACUUGGGUCAUGCCCAGCAGACAGAGUCGGGGGCGGAUGUAUUCUAACGCAACGAGAAUGGCUGAUAGUUCGGCUCUCUGUAUUGUGUUGGUGCUGUUGAGGCCGCCUGGUUCGACGUAGAUGUGUUCGGUCUGUUGGGACCACGCGCAAGCACCGAGUUUGUUCAUUUCGUUGCCAUCUUCACCGGCCGCAACUUUGAUGCAAGAUCCGUCGGUCCAAACAAUGGUGGCGGCAUCGUACAGGUAGCUGCUCCGAGUGGGGAAGGCAGCUCGUGUGGUGUAGAGGGCAGAGAGCGUGGGCAUGGGCGUAGGGCAUGUGUCCAGGCCCCGUGCUGCUGGUGCUUGGGGUCUAGUUAGCUGCUUUGCACGGGCUUUUGCACGGUGGCUGUAUGGUCGGCCCGCCUUUGGAGGCUUGUGCAGGCGAAUUGACAGCGAGGGGGGUAGGGGGGAUGGAGGCGGGCAUGUCUACCAGCCU